CCUAGUGGCAGAGGAUUGUUGACUGAAGAAUGGCAUUUGAUCACGAUGCCUUGCUCUCAAAUGCCUACUUUCCUUCAUUAGACUAGAUGACAUUAGGAUAUCUGUCUCACAGACACUAACAUGAAACUAAACUUGAAUCUCAAUUUGUUCCUGAGUUUGAUGUGGCUGUCCUUACAGUCCACAGAUGCAAUUACGUACAGAGAAACGUUGGGGAUGGGCCAAUUACUGGGAACCUCAGAUACUUUGGUGUCUGCUAACGGGAACUUCGAACUGGGGUUUUUCGCUCGUGAGAAUUCGACCAAGUACUAUGUAGGGAUGUGGUUUAAGAAAGUUCCUAAAGAUAACAUUGUUUGGGUUGCGAAUAGAAAGCUCGCCACCAGCGAUUCCAAUGCCGUUCUCACUGUUAAUGAGGAAGGAAAUCUUGUUGUUAAGAAUGAAGGAAUGGUAUACUUCGUCACCAACAUUUCCGGUGUCAGCAAUACCCAUGCUCUGCUCUUGGAUUCAGGUAAUCUCCUGCUGAUGAACAACUCCAAGUUGAACAUUUUGUGGCAAAGUUUCGACAAUCCCACGAAUACCCUUUUGCCUGGAAUGAAGGUAGGAUUUGACUCAGAAUUAGAAAUCAGUUGGUCAUUGAGAUCGUGGACAAGUGUAGAAGACCCAAGUCCUGGAAAUUUCUCUCUUGAAGUUGACACUUCCAAUUGGAGGCAGAGGCUAAUAAUCAGGAGGAAGUCUGAGAUAUACUGGGUUGGCGAUGAACUAUCUAAUUUCACGUUUCAAAGUUCUAAUAACCGAGACGGUGCUAUAUGGGACUUGGGCUAUUUAACUUGGCAGGGGGACUAUUCUUCUCGAUUGGUUCUGGAAGUUUCUGGAGAGCUUAACCAGCAAUUAUGGUCACAAGACACCAUGCAGUGGGUUUCUUUGCUGUCAUCCAAGUGCGGGAGAAACGCAACCUGUGGAAAUUUUGGCAUUUGCAACCCGCAAGCCACGGACCCUUGUGAGUGCCUCCGCGGUUUUAAGCCGUACGAUGAAGAUUCUUGGAAGAAAGGGGACACAUCCGCAGGUUGCGUGAGGAAAAAUGAGUUAUGCAGUAACAUGAGCAGCAAUGGAUUGGGUGACGGGUUUUUACCAGUCGAUAGAGUGGAUUUUCCUUUAGACAGUCCGCUUGCCUUCAAGACUGAGAACGCUUUAACAUGUCAAAAAGAUUGCUCAAUCAAUUGUUCUUGCGUCGCUUAUGCUUACGAUGUUAUGGGUCGUUGCUUGUUCUGGCUUGAUCGAGUGUUGAAUCUGAAGAACAUCUCGGUUGAUCUUAGAGAUGAUAAUUCUAGACCAAGUUUCCACCUCAAACUGGCUCGCUCUGAGUUGAUUGACAAUGAGUUGAAUACAGAAAAGAAUCCUGAUCAUAAGUCUAAUCAGAGCCAGAAAGUGGUGCUAACAAUUGUCGUAGUUAUCUCAUUUCUUUCGUUGUUUACACUAGUCCUAUUUGCAUACUACUGCCGGAGGAGAAAGCUUGGGAGAGAAGCGGAGGAUCUGCUAUUGUUUGAUACAGGCAUGAGCAUGAAAGUUGAGAUCUCAGAGCUUAGCGAUGUCGAUAAGGUUGGGAGAGUUAACAAAAGGGAUGUCAAAUUGCCAUUGUUUAGUUUUGCAAGUGUUUCUGCAGCAACUAAUAACUUUUCACCUGAAAAUAGGCUUGGUGAGGGUGGCUUUGGACCUGUUUACAAGGGUCAGCUGUUGAAUGGGGGUGAGGUUGCUGUGAAAAGGCUAUCUGCAAGAUCUGGUCAAGGAUGGGAGGAGUUGAAAAAUGAAGCAUUGCUCAUUGCAAAACUCCAACACAACAAUCUUGUUAGGCUUUUGGGUUGUUGCAUUGAACGUGAUGAAAAGAUGCUGAUUUAUGAGUUCAUGCCAAACAAAAGCUUGGAUUUUUUCCUUUUUGAUGCAACAAAACGCCGGAUUCUCGACUGGGAAACCCGAGUUCGAAUAAUUGAUGGGAUUGCUCAAGGUCUUCUCUAUCUUCAUCAGUAUUCUAGGUUUCGAAUCAUUCAUAGAGAUUUAAAAACUAGCAAUAUUUUGUUGGACAUCAACAUGAAUCCCAAAAUAUCAGAUUUUGGAAUGGCAAGACUAUUUGGUGGAAAUGAAUUACAAGCAAAUACAAACCGGAUAGUUGGUACUUAUGGUUAUAUGUCUCCUGAAUAUGCAUUGGAAGGCAUUUUCUCAAUAAAAUCAGAUGUGUUUAGCUUUGGAGUCCUUUUGUUGGAGAUAAUAAGUGGGAAAAAGAAUACUGGUUUGUAUAACACAAACUCUCUCAAUCUUCUCGGAUAUGCAUGGGACCUAUGGACAAGUGGGAGAGGAACAGAGCUGAUGGAUUCAGCAUUAAAAGAUGCAUCCAUAAAGAAAAUGGUGUUACUAAGAUACGUGAAUAUAGCACUGCUUUGUGUUCAAGAAAGUGCAGUAGACAGACCGACCAUGUCUGAUGUUGUUUCAAUGCUUGGGAAUGAGAAUGUCGUACUGCCUUCUCCUAACCCUAUAGCUUUCCUGAAUGUAAGAGGUAUCAGGACUUCAAGAUCAGAAGGAAGCUCAACAGAAAAUGUUUCUAUCAAUAACAUGACUGCUUCUGUUAUGGAAGCAAGAUGAGCUGGGACUUCCUUACAUGUAUAUUACUUCUUAGCAAACAUUGCAGGUUUGCAUUAUAGGAUGUCUCUACUUCAUUUUUUGUUAUAUCUCGGUUAACUUGUAUUAUAAUUAGGAAUCAAGCAAGGAUUACCAAAGAAAAUCAUAAUAUAUAAGGUUAUUGUAUUAUUUA